GGGUACAUCCUCCAUGCGUGUUUGGAGUGAAAAUAACGUGAUGACAUUAUCGUUGCUUUUAAGAGGUUUAUGAUUAAAGUUAAUGUUUAAAUAGUUUAUUAAUAUACGGGAUUUUAUCAAAAUGUCGAAGAAAUCUCCAAAGUUGUUUUUUUCCUCAAUGUGUGGAAACUUCUAGCAAGUAGUGUUUGAGUCUCUGUCAUGGAGGGUUUGGAGGAGAAGCUCAGCGGUCUGUCCAUCGCCCGGCGGUCUCGCCCGGAGGAACCCACCUACCUCCUGGACGUGGCCCUGCAGCCCGCCGGCCUGCUGGCGGUCUCCUGCUCCAACCUCACCGUCCACCUUCACAACAAGGACUCUCUGGACCUGGUGGGAGAGUAUCGGGGCCACAGCGGGUCGCUCUGUGGGGUCGUUUUCUCCCACACGACCCCUGACCUCCUCUACUCCGGUUCUGCUGAUGGGACGGUGCGGGGGUGGGACGUCCGCCGGCCCGGGACAGACGCAGUCCAGGUGUUUAAAAGCGACCCGUCACACAGCUACUGCAGCUUCGACCUGAGCUGCGGCGACGCGCUCCUGUGCGCCGGCACCGAGCAGGUGAACGAGGAGGACAGCUUCCUGGUGUUCUGGGAUGUCAGGAAACCGGGCGGGAAGCUUCUCGGGGUGUACUCCGAGUCGCACAGCGAUGACGUCACGCAGGUGCGCUUCCACCCUCGAGAUAAAGACCGGCUGGCGUCCGGCUCCACAGACGGCCUCGUCAACGUGUUCGACCUGAGCCGGGGGCCGGAGGAGGAGGCGCUGCUCGCCACCUGUAACAGCGACUCCUCGGCGGGGUCGGUCUGUUGGUCCGGACCGGAUUACACCCAGCUGCUGUGCCUCAGCCACGACGAGGGCCUGCACCUGUGGGAUCUGGGUCAGCUGGACACGGACGAGCCUCUCACCGUGUUCAGCACGUCUGACGCUCGCAGCCUGACGCCGCUGGCUGGCGGGGGAGGCGUGGAUUACCUGGUGGGGGGGAGGUGGCUGGAGGAGGCGAGGAAGCUGAUGGUGGUUGGGGGGAAGAACAACGGCGACCUCCACCUGAUGGAGUGUGGCGACGGGGGGCUUCGUCUGCUGAGGAGCCUCGAGGGCGGCCACGCCUCCACCGUGCGCUGCUUCCUGUGGGACGCGGCGGCGGAGGCUCUGGUCACCGGUGGAGAGGAUGCGCAGCUGUUGCUAUGGAAACCAGGAGGGGAGGACCUCACGACGGGGAAAAGAGAGUCCAUGAAGAGCCGGUCGGCUUUGAGACUCAAAUCCAGGCCGCAUAAAAAGCACGGCUACCAGAGAGACAGGAAGGCGGCGAAGACGCUGAAUCACACUGACUGACUGGUUUCAUCCACACACAAAGAACAACCUGUUCAUCAGCGCUCGCCGACCCCUUUCUGUCUACUGA